AUGCAACCCAGCCAACAACAGGAACCCAUGCAGAACGACGACCAUCCUACGAGACCUUUCGAGUCGGUAUCAGCCGAUUUCUUCACAGUCGCAGGGAAACCCUUCCUUGUGAUUGCAGACCGUCUCUCUGGCUGGCGUGUCGUCGUCCCCUGUGACGGCGGACCCCAAUUCACCAGCUCCGAGUUCAAGGACUUCAUGAAACGAUGGGGAGUUCACCAUGUGAUAUCAUCGCCCCAUUACCCUCAGUCGAAUGGCCAUGCCGAGGCAGCUGUUAAGUCAACCAAGUACCUCAUCAUGAAAACGGCGCCCUCCGGCAACAUCGACAAUGAAGACUUCGACAGAGGCCUCCUUGAACUGCGCAACAUCCCUAACGCCACAGGAAGAUCGCCAGCGCAGAUUCUCUACGGACGCCCGCUUCGCUCCUGCGUUCCGGCCCACCCGGAAUCCUUCUCAGAGGAAUGGCAGGAGAAAUCCGAAGACUGUGACCGCCGAGCAGCCGCCCAAGCCGAACAAGUCAGACAGCGGUACGAUCAGCAUGCCCGUAGUCUGCCGAAGUUGCAUGUAGGACAGACAGUACGUAUCCAGGACCCGACUUCGCUACGCUGGGACAAGAUCGGAACCGUUAUGGGCUGCGGAAGAACCAGGGACUACGAGAUCAGACUACCGAGUGGACGAGUCUGGUGGCGAAACCGACGUUUCCUGCGACCAGUGCCUACCCCUAGUGCUGAUCCCUUCCCCCACAUCCCUGUGACACCUUGCUCGGACAUGAAAACGAAGUCCUCUAUCAGUAAACCCCCAGUGUUCCCACGUCGAUCAAAGUGA